GACACAGCGCUCCAGAUGCGCCUCAGCAGAGCUGAGGAGAGAGACAGGACCACCUUCCCGACCUGCUGGCACUGCUGUUCCUUAUGGUCCCCAGGAUCUCCUUGUCCUUGUCCACAAGGAUCCACCGGAGCGGGAAAACCUUCCCGCGGCCGUAGCGCCCGUCAGGCGGCGCCGGCGCAUCCAUCGCUCGGCGAGCGGCUGCGGGCCCUGGUUGCCGGGGCGGGCCCGCACGCAGCGCAUCCCGGCCCGAGGCGGCGGACGCGGCCUCCCGGCCCCAUGGACGGGGACAAGAGAAAAACCAAAGAAGACACUUGGAAAGCAGAAGAACUUUGGAAACAUCUAAAGCCAUCACAAYCAGAUAGUCAAAAUGAAGACCGAAAGCACAGAGAAAAGAAACUUCAGAGAGCUAGAACUUUUCAUGACAUAGACCCUAGUAGACAUGACCUCAAAGACAGAGGGAAGAGCAAGGAAAGAACAAGAGAGAGAGAGAGGUUUAAAUCUAGUGAAAGAGACAGGGAUAAAAGGAGAGAAAGUGUAARGGAAAAAGAACACCAUAGAGGAGACAGAGAGAGACACAAAGAUAAGCUUCAAGAGUCACAUUCGGAGAAGGAGAGACACAGUGUACCAAAACAUAGAGACAGGGAGACUGAUAGAGAGCAAGACAAAAAGCACAAGACACAGGAGAUAAGGCAAACAGAUGCACAAAAUAAUCUGAAAUCAUUUGAAGGAAGAGAUAAAGAACAUCACAGAAAAAGAGAAAUCAGGCAUCAUUUGGGGGAAGAGAAAGCAAGAACUGAAGAGCGAGAAAGAAGGCAUAAAGCACAGAAGGAUAAUGAUGUAAUAMAGAGAAUUGACAAACAUUUAGCCUACAAAGGUGAAGAAGGUGAACGUCUGCACACGUUAGAGAAACAUCAACAGUUGGAUAAAGAGGGAGAAAGAAGACACAGAGAAAAAAAAGAACAUUCUGUUGGGCCAGAGAAAGAGAAGCUUUCUAAAGAGAAAAGUCAUAAACAUUAUGGAAAGGAAGAGGAAGAAAAACAUAAAUCAAAGAGAUCUAAAGAAAAAUCUUCCCAUGGAGACAGAGAAGGGCUAGCAGCAGAAGCUAAUGAGAGAGUAAAAAGUAGAGAAAAUGAAAGAAAGAAGCAUGAUCUAAGGAGCAGCGAAUACAAAAAGGAGGAGAGGAUUCAAGAAGAAACGAGCCAUCAGCUUGAAAGGACUGUAAAAGAUAAAGAAAAACUCAUUGAAGAAGAGGAGACAGACACAAGACGAGAGGAAAUGAAAGAUACACCGAUCUCUAAUCCAGAUACAGGACUUGAUGACUUUUCACCAAAUUAUGAAGAUGAUUUUGAAGACUAUGAAGAUGAUUUUGAAGAUGAUGAAGAGAAAAGUGGUGAAGAAAGAGAUGCAGAAGAAAACCUAAGAGAGGUUCCAUUUUCCAUAACAUCAGAAAUUGAAGAAAUUCAAAGAGCAAUUACUGCAGAAAAUGAUAGAAUUUUUAAUCCAUUGCCAAAGAAACUGGAAAAUGAGAAAAAGGAACCAGUCUUGGAAAGCCAGUAUUCUUCUGUCAGAAGCUCUUUUAGUGGAAUAUUCAUGGAUUUCCAAAUGGCAAACCAACGACAAAGCAGCCGAAAUAUGGCCAGUAAGCAGAAAAAACGGAGUUCUGAACUUCUCCCACUGAUUGACCUGGAUUUCUCAGUUAGUUUUUCAUUCUUGGAUUUGCCCCCUGUCAAUGAGUACGACAUGUAUAUCAGGAAUUUUGGAAAAAUGAACACUAAGCAGGCAUAUGUGCARUGUAAUGAGGACAAUCUUGACAGAGACAUUCAGACUGAGGAAGUUGAGACAUUGGAGAAAUGGACACAGCAUCCAGGAGAAACUGCUAUUGUAUCUGGAGGUCCCAUAAACAGCCAGGAUACAUCAGUGAAUGGAGCUCCAACACUUAAAAUUGAUUCACAAAGAUUAGCAAAUUUCCUCCAGUCUGCUUGUCAGGUGAUUGCUGUUUUGCUAGAGGAAGAUCAAGUUGCAACACAACCCAGGAAACUAAGAUCUCGAGAAACCAGUCUGUCUAUUAGUGAUAGCUGUUUCCAGUUAAAUACUAACCAGCCGUUCCUCCAUGACCGAAAAAUAUCUUGCCURUAUGUGUCUCAAGUUCAGAGGCAGACACUGCUUUCUGUUCAUGGAUUACCUGAAAAAGCAGGUGUUGGUUUGCUGAGCAGAAAGAGCCUCAUAAGUGUUUGGAACAUCUGGCAACCYUCCAGUCCUCAGAAAGUUUUAAUAUGUGAUUCAGAGGUGAUAUGUUGCUGCUUUAGUCCUAGUAAAGCAACAUUAGUUUUUGCUGGAACAAUAGAUGGUUCACUGUUGGUGUGGGAUCUUCGAGAAGACUCAAGAAUGCACCCUCAUGUGAUGAUCAGUGAAACUGAGUGGACAUUCAGGGUUCCCACAUUUUCCACAGAUGGCAUUCUAAACUCAGUGAACCACACCUCUCCUAUACUGUCAGUGGAACCUGUCUCAACUUCUCUCAACAGUGACCACAGUUAUGGGUUCUCAAGCCUCUCUUAUCAGGAGGAAAUGUCAGGCCCUCCAUUUCAGAUAGCUUCAAUGGAUGAAAAUGGAAUCCUCAAUAUGUGGGUAGUCGUUGAAUUACAAAAAGUGGAUUUAGCUGGUUCACAAACUGACUUAGGUUUAGUUCCUGGAGGGAAGGUGAAGUUAGUACAUAGCUCUGCUAUGGAAUUGAAUAACAGCCUUUUCCCAAAGGAUAUUAGCCAGAGAAUGCCACAGACACUGAUGAUUAAAUUUCUGUCUUCUAAUCCAAAUCACUUCAUUGUUGGAACAAACAUCGGUCUUGUAGGCCACGGUACAAGACAUGACUUUAAAGUUUUUCCAAAGCUAUUCAGGCCCCAGGAAAGCGGACUGAGAUCAAUAAGCAUCACUGCAAUUGAUUUCUCCCCUUUUGGAAAGCCACUGUUUUUGGUUGGCUGUUCAGAUGGAAGUAUUAGAUUGCACCAGAUGACAUCAGAGUAUCCCCUCAUGCAGUGGAAUGACAGCACCAAAGGCCAGCCAAUUAUUGCCCUGCAGUGGGCUUUGACAAGACCUGCUGUGUUCUUUGUCCUGGAUGCAUCAUCCAAUAUUUACAUUUGGGAUCUUCUGGAAAACGAUUUGUUGCCUGUGGCAAAGCAGACUGUCCCAUCAGAGAAGGUUGUUACUAUGACUCUGCUGGGAGAGCCAGAAAAAGCAAAUGGAUUGUUAGGCAUCGUGUUGGCCAAGGAAUCUGGACAGUUGGACAUUCAGUAUGUAAAGAAUAAGUGGGCAUUUCCUCAGCCUGACGAAUCUGACAAAUUGCAUUCUAUUUUAUUACAGUCUUUUUAGAAACAGGGUUGUACAAUUUAUUGCAAAAUGUGUAGRGUUAUUUUUUAUUUCAAUUAAAAGAUUUGUAAUGUAACUUUUUAUUUGUAUAUAACCUGUAUAUAUUUUAAAGACUAUCACUGCUUCAAUUGAAACUAUAUUUUAUCAUAWAAAUUACAGAAUUAAAUUUCCCAUUAUUGUACUAAAAAUAUAAUGAAUUGUGUUUCAUUACUGAAUAUACUCUAGAUGUACAUAUAUUUUUAAAAAGAGMAAUAAUGUACUCCUGUAAAUUGCACAGCUGUUUCUCAUUAUUCCACUCAGAACAAUGUCACAGAAAUCCUUUGGCAAACGUAAAGUUGUCACUGUACAACCUGAAUAUAAUAAGAUUUCCACCUCUGGGCCUCUUAAACACUAAUGGUGAAACUUUCUCGUGUCUACCUAAACCUCAAAAUAUGAAUUAACAUCACACAUACCUGUCUUCUGAUUUUGACUCUGAAACUUUGCAAGAGGAAUACCUGAUUGACUCAAGUUCUGAGAUGUACACUCCCUGUUUGGAUCAAACAAGGUGAACAAUAUUCCUGGGAGAUUGACUGAAGUUCUAAAUCCUUUGGGAUAAUGACCUGUUUAAUUCUGAAAGUAAUUUCCACAGUUCAUGUAGWGAGGAAGAGGACAGCUGUCUGUAAUAUCAUACUAAUUUUUGUGCGCUAUUGGUAAGGUUUAGGCCAAGAUGAAGCACUGAAAAUGUCUUUUGUAACCUAAUAAAACCUGGCUUAAAGAACAUGAGGAAAACCUUGAUUAAAAAAUCUCAGAUUYGGUGAAAAAAAAAGGACCAUUAUUCAGCAUAUUCAUUUGUUCAGUUAGUGAACAGAUAGAUUUAAGAUGUGUACCUUCUCCUUCUAAAGUAGCUUGAAAUACUUAAGUUUAAAUUAAUUAAUUGCAAAUGGUUUUCUGUAUAAACUGUUACUUAAGUUGAGAAAACUCAAAGUGGCCACAUGAUGGUGCCAAGUCACAGCAGUAAAAAAUGAGUGCCUUGUGAAAAGAACAUCCACCACUUCUGUGGUGAGUCUGUUACUGUCGAUUGCACCCGUCCAGAGAGCCCAAGGAUCUGUUGGGGAAGUUAAUAUUUCAGAGACCAUUUUUGCAAUCUUAGUUCCUUGGUUAGCYAUGGACUUCUUUUAAUGUCCUUAAACACAGGUGACCCUUUUCAUCUUCAUUGUGGGCAAUAAUAUACACUACAAGUUAAAUUAGAAUGGCUUUACAAAUGCAGAUGAAGAAGAAAGGACAGGAACUUUUUCCUUUUCCAGUAAGGCACCAGAGCAUCUCUAUUGACCCCUGUAGUAAACAAACAACACCAAAUCUCUCACUCUUUCCGUCCCAGACUGAGAGACACACUCCACAAACUCCACACUCAUUCCGUGCAAUUUAAAAUCAAAAAUGAUUUUGUAAAUUAUAGUAGUCUUCUGAAAGAAAUCUGUUAUAAUUUCAUCACUUUCAGGACUUCUCUACUGUACCCAGUUCUAUACAUGGAAACGGUUAGCAAAGGGUUGGGGUUUUUCUGCCUUGUCCUGUGUGCAAUUGUGGGCUUUUUCAAUAUGCAAAAAGGACAAAAYACUGUCAGGCUUUGCACAGAAGUUGUUGUCACUACUUUUGAGCAGCUGUUCUUCAGUAUGCUUGAAUUCAAAUGUCCAAAUAUUUUAUUAUUUUAUGCUUGUACUGCCUGGAGAGUCAGUUCCUGCACUGGGCCUUUGCUUCUUGCCUAAAGGAUUUUUCUCUCUUGAACUGGAAACUAAUGUAAGACUGUAAGUAAUAAUAAAAGUAUCUUGGGAUGACAGUUGCUUUUAUAAGAAUGUGAAGAAAAAUGUGUGAAAAUUGCUCCUUUUUUUGCAUGUUCUCUCAGUGGGUAAAUGGAAGUCAUAAGAGGGCAGAUCAUGAAGUGUUAAUAGUUGGACAUUUUGAUACAACCAUUUUGGAGYAUAUCUCAGAAAAGUGGGAAAUACUGGCAGGCCACAAUACCAGGAAARAAAUUCCAUUUAUAAGGAUUUAAAAAAUUGUUUCAAACAAAACAUUGAAUUUUUCAUCAGAUGCUUCUAAUGAUUGUCAAGUUAUAUAAGGUAUUGGAUUUUAUUCCG